AUGACCUCACGACAUUUUAGCCAAGAGGGGGUAUACACCAGAAAAUCGGCAUCCAUCGUGAGGAGGUCCAUCAUCGAGAAAUCGACUCUUCAUUCGGCUGCCACAUUGCCAAUCGUCGUCGAACAGCAUGAGGGCCUACAGAAGCACCCUCCCAGCUCUGCGAGCAGCAGGGAGACCAGUCACACGGAAACCGCAAACAGGGGCUCGUCACGCCAGCAACCGCUCUCGCCCCAAUCCUCAGGACGGAGGCGGCGGGAAGAGACUGGCUGGAUUCCUGGCCAUCUUUGCUCUGGGCGCCGGCGCUGGUGCCGCCUACUACUAUCCCGUCCUGUUCCCCGGCACCGACGCCGAAGCAGUCAAGCCUGUCAUCCCAAGGCGCAGAUCAAGUUUGAGAAGGAGCGACAGCAGGCUACCUCCAAGGAGCACAACCGGGACAUCAUCAGCUCGCAGCACGCGCAGGUUCGCCAAAGCUGGGAGAACCCCGGCGUGUAUGCGUGGGGCUCCAACGCGGGCAAGGUCGUCGACCAGCAGUCGAAGGAGACCUACGUCAAGCUCCCCAGGAGGAUCCCUUACUUUGACGGAAAGCUUCUGCGGGACGUCAAGCUGACGCAAAACUUUGGCGUCGCCGUCACCGAGGAGGGCAACCUCGUGCAAUGGGGCCUCGGCUUCUCCCAAGUCGACCCCAGCCCCGCGGAGACGCUCAAAGGCAAGAACCUCACCAAGAUCGCUGUCUCGGACGAUCGAAUCCUCGCUCUGGCCUCCAAUGGCGCAGUCUAUGCCGUGCCGGCCUCGCUCGGCGACCAAGAUACGGCUGAGAAGGCGCAAGCCCGGGCGCAGCAGUCGUCGUCCUCCUCGUCCUCCUGGUUUCCUUUUUGGGAGCUCGGGCGCAAGCGUUUCUCGAGCCCAGCACCAUUCGAACCCUGA